AUGGGCUCUCUUUCGUCCCCAACCAGCCUCACCCCCUAUCAGGUGCUUUCCAAAUAUAAGAAAUUCCCUAGUCCCGAUGAGGAGUUCUGGUGGGAUCAUGCUGCGUCCACGUUGGCCGAUCUUAUCAAGUGGACCAAGGCCACCCCUGCCCAAGAAUAUGAGUUCCUGCAGUUUUUCUAUGAGCAUGUAAUCCCCAACUUCUCGUGGUAUCGACCUUAUGAUGUGCCCGGCCGGGCAUGGAACACGGGGAUUACCCCCAGUGGACUGCCCCUGGAAUACAGCGUCAAUUGGCGAAACAUUGACGCAAAUGCAAUGGUCCGCGUUGGCGUUGAGCCAAUCAGCCAGUUCGCGGGCACUGCGCGUGAUCCAUACAGUCACUACAAAAUCUGGGACACGCUGAACCAGCUGUCGCAGGUCAAGGCACUGAAGUCCUUUGACCUUGAGCUAUGGCGGCACUUCUCCAGCGCUCUGUGCACAAGUCGCGAAGAGGAGGCCUUGCUCGACCAGACGCGCACGCUACCCGAGUCCUUCUCCAUUGCGAAGAUGCAACACUCGAUGGGAUUCGACUUUUGUGAUGACGAGACGCUGGCUACCGUGAUAAACUAUUUGGAUAGCAGCAGCAACUUCAACGAUGCCACCUGGUUCUCAUUCGACUGCAUCCCGCGCAGCCAAUCGCGCAUCAAGCUCUACGGCUCGGAUUUCCGCACCACCUGGAGCCGGGCCGAGGACCUGUGGACCGUCGGCGGCCGCUACACGGAUGCAGUCACGAUGAAGGGUCUUGCCUAUCUUAAGGAGCUCUGGGAUCUGCUGCCCAUUCAGGACUUCGAAACGCUGCCCGAGCAGGCUGUGCAGAAUCCCCCCAUGCUAUGGGCUUACGAAAUUCGCCCUGGUGACAAGACCCCAUCGCCCCGGAUCUACAUUCCUGGUCACUGUCUCAACGAUAAGAAGGUGGCUGAUGGAUUGUCAACUUUCUUUAAACGGGUAGGAUGGUCGGACCUGGGCGACCAGUAUACAGAUCGCUUGUUUUCAAUGUUCCCCAAGCAGGACCUCAAGGAUUCGACUGCGUUGCAUACAUGGAUUGCCUUUUCUUACACCGAAAAGAGUGGCGUGUAUAUGAACUGCUACUAUCUUGCCAGUGCCUCGUUUCCCUUUAAACUGUAG